AUGUUCAAAGGUCUUGAGACAUGGUCCGAGCCCCUGAGGUUGCAAUUUCUCUAUCUCUUACAAACUCACACUUUUCACUUUCUUUCUUUUUCUCAUGCUAACUGUAUCUCUCUCAUAAACUCACACUUUUUCUUUCUUUCUUUCUUUCUUUCUUUCUUUCUUUCUUUCUUUCUUUCUUUUCUUUCUAGCUGUUUCUCUCUCUCAAACUCACUCUUUCUCCCUUUCUUUUUAGCUCUGUUUCUUUCUCAUACACUCAUACGUUCUUCCUUUCUUUCUUUCUUGCUGCUUCUCUCUCACAAACUCACACUUUCUUUCUUUCUUUCUCUCUCUUGCACUCUGUUUUUAUUUCUAGCUCUUUUUACUUUUCCUCUUACUAUAUUUCUCUUUAUUUUUUCUUUUUCACUUCCCCUUUUAUUAUUCUGUUUUUCUUUUUCUUUGUCUCUUUCAUUCCACUUGAUUAUCCUAUUCUUUUGCCCUCUCUCUUUAUUUCCAACUCUUUCCAUUUUCAUCCAUUUCUCCACUCUCUCACUUAUUGCUUUUCUUUCAAAUUUUUGCUUCCUUGUUAGUUGUUUCUUUUUUUCAUUCUCUUUCUUUUUAAAUAUUUGUCUUUCUCUCUCUAUUUCUUUUUGGCUCUUUCUCUCUAUUUCUCUCUGUCUCUUUCUUUUUAUCUUUUUACCUACUUCUCCCUUUAAAAUCUAUUGCUUUUUCUUUUUUCCUCUCACUUUUUCAUUAACUGUUUCUCUCACUCACUUUUUAGUUGUUUCUUGUCUCUCUCUCUCUCUCUCUAUCCUCUCUAUUUCUUUCUCACUGUCUUUCUUUCUUUCUUUCUUUCUUUCUUUUUAA